AUGCGUUCAAACAAGCUUUUGUUUCAUAUCUUUUUGGUAUUAUAUUUCAUUGCUGGUCUUUCGCUCCUCAUCACGGGUAGUGUAGCACAUAGACAUGCAACAAAAUAUUCCGAAAUUACUGGUUAUUCACUUAUAUCAGGUGCUGGUUUUAUUAUUGCUUUAGGUGUUAUUAUUAUUGUCUUAUCAGCAGUUGGUUUUAUUGGAGCAUAUAAAAAUCGUUUAAGUUUAUUACAAAUCUUUAUUGGUACAUUAAUAAUAAUACUUUUACUUCAAUUGAUUGCUUCAAUUGUUGCAUUUACACUUCAUAAUAAAGCUGAAGAUCAAUUACGUACAAAAUUAAUUCAAACAUUACCAGACUACAAGACAAAUUCAGAAGUAAAAACUGAAUGGGAUCGACUUCAACAAACAAUGUCAUGUUGUGGUGUUGAUAAUGUAACUGAUUGGGAAAAAUAUGCUCGUCACGAGUAUCCAACUUCAUGUUGUAUUAAUAAUGUUUGUUCAACAACAGAUCCAGCUAGAAAUGGUACAUUUACUCCUGGUUGUUAUGUGUAUGCACGCAAUAUGUUCUAUCGAUAUUCAAAAGCAUUAGGUGGUGUUACAAUCUUCUUCUUUUUCGUCGAAAUUGUUGGCGCUGUAUUAGCUAUUCAUCUUCUUCGUGAUUUAAAAAAUAAUUAUGGAAGUGUUUAA